CGCCCUCUGCCGCCGCCAGCCGCGCCGCCGCCCUUGCCCCGCGGCGCCGCCCCCGCCCGGCAGCCCCGGGCCCGGCGCUUCCCGCCCGGGGCGGGUCCGGCUCCGGGCCCGGGCUCGGCGCCGCCCGCCGCAGGGAGGAUGGGGCAGCCGCGGAGGCCGGCGAACGGCAGCGGCCCGGCGGCGCCAUGACCGGCGAGAAGAAGAAGAAGAAGCGGCUGAACCGCAGCGUCCUGCUGGCCAAGAAGAUCGUCAUCCGCGACGGGGCCGGCGUCUUACCUCUUUUCCAUAGCCCCCUCCGUUUUGCGGAGCAGCGGGUCGGUGGGCGACCGGACACGGAUCGGCCCUCCCGAAUUGCCGGUGGCUCUGACGUGUUGGGGGUGACGAGCGGCGGGAGUGACGUUAAGCUGUGACACAGAUACAAGAAGUGGUUCCUGCGGGGCAGAAUUGAGCCGUUUCAUCGCAGAGUCCCUAAGGCGAGGAUUGACGGGAAGAUGCGGUCGCACACGCUUAGAGAAAACACCAUGCGCCAGGGGAUCGGAGAGCCCAGCGUGUACCACGCCGUGGUGGUGAUUUUCCUGGAGUUCUUUGCCUGGGGGCUGCUGACCACCCCGAUGCUGACGGUGUUGCACCAGACGUUUCCUCAGCACACGUUCUUGAUGAACGGCCUGAUUCACGGAGUCAAGGGUCUGCUUUCCUUCCUAAGUGCCCCACUGAUCGGUGCUCUCUCUGAUGUCUGGGGCAGGAAAUCCUUCCUCCUCCUCACCGUCUUCUUCACGUGCGCACCCAUUCCCCUGAUGAAGAUCAGUCCCUGGUGGUACUUCGCCGUCAUUUCCAUGUCUGGAGUCUUUGCUGUCACCUUUUCUGUCAUCUUUGCCUACGUUGCCGAUAUCACGCAGGAGCACGAACGCAGCACGGCGUAUGGCUUGGUGUCGGCCACCUUUGCUGCCAGCCUGGUGACGAGCCCAGCCAUCGGCGCCUACCUCUCCCAAGCCUACGGCGACACGUUGGUGGUUGUGCUGGCGUCGGGCGUCGCGCUGCUGGACAUCGGGUUCAUCCUGCUGGCCGUGCCCGAGUCCCUGCCCGAGGAGAUGCGCCCGGUGUCCUGGGGAGCUCCCAUCUCCUGGGAACAAGCAGAUCCCUUCGCUUCCCUGCGGAAAGUGGGUCAGGAUUCCACAGUUCUGCUCAUCUGCAUCACCGUGUUCCUCUCGUACCUUCCCGAGGCCGGGCAGUACUCCAGCUUCUUCCUCUACCUGCGGCAGGUCAUCGGUUUUUCCUCGGAGACUGUGGCCGCUUUUAUUGGUGUGGUUGGGAUUCUCUCGAUCCUGGCUCAGACAGUGGUGUUGGGAAUUCUCAUGCGUUCGAUAGGAAACAAAAACACCAUCCUGUUGGGAUUGGGCUUCCAGAUCCUGCAGCUCGCCUGGUACGGCUUUGGAUCGCAGCCGUGGAUGAUGUGGGCAGCGGGAGCCGUGGCUGCCAUGUCCAGCAUCACCUUCCCGGCCAUCAGCGCCAUGGUGUCGAGGAACGCGGACCCCGACCAGCAGGGGGUGGUGCAGGGGAUGAUCACCGGCAUUCGGGGGCUGUGUAACGGGCUGGGGCCGGCGCUCUACGGCUUCGUCUUCUAUCUCUUCCACGUGGAGCUGAACGAAAUGGCUGAGGUGGAGACUUUGGGCAAGGCCUCCAGACCCAACAUGGCCAACCCUACGGACGAGAGCAGCAUCAUCCCGGGGCCCCCGUUCCUGUUCGGGGCCUGCUCCGUGCUGCUCUCGCUGCUGGUUGCGCUGUUCAUCCCGGAGCACAGCCUGGCGCUGCGGCCGGGCGCCCACAAGAAGCACAGCGCCGGGGCGCAGAGCCCGCACGGCCCGCAGCCCGGCGCCGCCGACGGCAAAGAGCCGCUGCUCGAGGACAGCAGCGUCUGAGGAGCCGCAGGAGCCGCUGCGGAGCCGCGACGGGCUCGGCCAGCGAGAGGACACGAGGUGCAGACUGUGCCGCAACACGGGAGGGACGGGGGUUCCCUUCUGCCAAACCGCGGUUGUGUCGUCUGGUGUGGAUGGGAACGGGAGACUCUGAAGCAAACCUUGUGCGUGGUGCGACCUGCCAAACGCUCGGCCUAAGCUGGGUCUAACGCGCCUGUGUCUGACGUGAGCUGACGGAGCUGCGGCCACGGUCAGACGCGGCGUCUGUUCGCGCCCCGUCCCCAUGUGCGUGUGGCACUUGCCGCGGGUCCCGGUGCGGCCGUGACAUGAACACGGAGCGUGCGAGGAGCAGCAUCGACGCCCACGAGCAGAUCCACGGGGUCUGGCCCAAGUGAAACUGAGACCAAAAUGAAAUAUCAACUGACUCAAUGUUCUGACGAAGAUAAGAAACAUGAAGAAGUCGCAAAUGAGACGAUGGGAAUGGGCAGCGGCAACGUGAAUUACAAAUGCUUAGAUGGUCAACAACAUUUGCGUUUCUGUUGGGAUUUUGUCGUUACACUGAGGUAACGUGUGUCUGUCGCUGCCUCCAUAGGCCUUUCUGGAACUGUCAGGUUCUUCCCUCAGAGAAAUAACUAAACUGAGCACUCUGGUACGGGCGGUUUCCCGAGGGAAAGGUACAGAAACAGCUGCUUGUCUUGAGCACUUAUUUUUCCCUAGUCUCUUGCCGUCUGAUAUUAAACCAGAUAACGACUGUAGCUUGUUUUAUCUCGGUCCAAAAGCUCCCACUGGUUAUGAUUGCAGCUGAUUUGAGCUCACAGGACUGGAUCCCACGUAGCGUUUCCGCGCCUGCCGUGAAGGCUUUUAUUUUGUUGGAAGACGGAGCUGGCGGCUCCGCGGCGGCGCUCGGCUCCGUUGGGAAGGGGCAGCAGAUGCUUGAGCCCGAGUGUUGUGAAAGGAGCUGAGACAAACGUGGUUGGUUGUAGAUCCAGAGACACGGCGGAGGGCAGGAAAUGAUUGUUCUGGUUCGAGUCGGAGCAGAGCGAUGACACCGAGCAAUCGCUGGGGCCGUAAGGACACAACGGGGAGCGCUUAAGGAAUUAGUUGUUAAGGGAACUGAGGAUAGAGUGACCAAAGCUAGAAUGGCAGAAUCAUUUUGGUUGGAGGAGCCCCUCAAGAGCAUGGAGCCCAGACCCCGAGCUGCCGCUCCCUGUGGGUACCGACAUCUGCGGACCCGGGCCACUUGUUUUACGGCUGUUCACAGGUAUCGGAGAUGGAUCUGAGUGAAGUAAUGCAGAGUUUGGUUUGCGUUGCUCCAGCCAGUGCCCAGAGCAGAUGUUCGAGGUCGCGGGGACUCACAGUGACUCCGGUUUUCCCACAUUUCUCCUAGUGACGAUGCUCCAGACCCCCAGAUGUCACUGGGAUGGUCUGUGCUGUGCGUGCCCAGCAAACCUCUCUCCCGAAGCAAACCCACUCCCCCGAACGCCCGGGCAGCAAUCCCGACCCCGUGUCCUUCACAAUAAUGCCUUUUCGUAGACUGGAGCUUGACCAAGUACAUCUGGCGACUCAUUUAUUUACACUGUAUUAAAAUGAAGUAGGUUUGUCCUUCACACACACCAAUUGAAGUGAAAUGGAACACUGAGGUACUCAGAGCUUCACAGGUAGAAUAUAGCCGAACGUGACAAAAAGACGAGCGUAAUUUAUAUGAUACAAAGUAUAUAGAGAUAUAUUUUUUAAAGUCCUUUAUUGAAUAGUCUAUUGAAACGGAUGUGUCUGGUCCCAUUCCCUCUCCCUCCUACCCUUGUCACAUUGCGAUACCCGAGUUGCCAGCGAUGCCGACGUCCCCCGGUUUGCAAGUGGUGACUGGAGGUGUUUUGGUCACUUUGUUGGCGCCUGAGCUCGGCGCCGGUGCUGCCGCUGGUUCCUGCGACUGAGGCUUUGCCACCAGCACCAAUGUCACCUAAAGGCAGGGAUGUCACCCCCCCACUGCUCUGCCUGUGCCACAGGACUUGGGCCAAGCAGCGACGGAGCCGAAAUUACCGGACCCGAAUGAAGAACGUCUCGUUCUGAAGGGCCGGGAGUUCUGGAGCGUCUGUCCGGAGCAUCCCGCUGGUUUUGCCAAUUUUUUGUUACUUUAUAUGGAAAUGCAGCUUUUUUUAAAAGAGCCUUUUCUUAAAACCCCUUUGAUCCGCUGUGUCGUGCCUGAGCCUGGCGGUUUAAUAUCAGUAUUCCCACAAUUUCCCUGCAGAGACUUAUAAAUCAGGUGGAUAACAGCAAUGCCCCCAAUAUAAAUUGGCUUAAUUGCCCAUCAGCAGUUCCGGCGUUCAUGGCAGCGGUUCAAGUGACUUGAAACUAAUUGUGUUUCUAAUUGUUGCGUUAAAAAACAACCUGCAUUAAACCAUUGCUUCCUCUUUUGCCGUCACUUUUGCAACAUCGCAACUCUUUAUGUCGCUGCUUUUCAUUCUCUUCUCCGCGCUGGUUGGGCUGCGAACGCUGGUUGCGGCUCCUCCGCUCUCCGGGUUCACCGCUGCCUGCGUUUCUGUAUCUUUUAUAAGCAAAUGAUCCAAUGUAUUUAUUUAGGUUCUGGUUGUGUUUAGGACUGGCUAAUCUCUCCUUCUGAUGGAUUAUUUAUUAAACUGCAGCUUUCCUGUUGUGUUGAA